AUGGACAAGAGUUCAUGUGUAUUUUCUCCAAAUAGAAGGUUGGAGGGAAAGGUAGCUAUUAUCACUGGUGGUGCAAGUGGUAUCGGAGCGACUGCGGUCCGAGUCUUCAUUGAGAACGGUGCAAAAGUUGUCAUCGCGGAUAUUCAAGAUCUCGAGGGUGAAGAAAUCUCAACCAAUCUAGGCGAAAAUGCCCAUUACGUUCAUUGCGAUGUCUCGAAAGAAGACGACGUAAAAAAUUUAAUCGACGCUACGAUUUCAAAAUUCGGUCAUCUCGACAUAAUGUACAACAACGCUGGCAUUUACGACACGACGAUAAAAUCCAUCAUGGACACGGAAAUCGAUGACCUAGAGCGUAAAAUCGCGGUAAAUUUAAUCGGAUCUUUUUUAGGCGCGAAAUAUGCGGCGAAAACAAUGGUACCACGUAAAAAAGGGUGCAUUUUGUUUACAACAAGUUGUUGUACACAAGUGGCUGGAAUUGCAUCACACACUUAUGUUGCAUCAAAUUAUGGAAUUGUAGGUAUGUGCAAAAAUUUGGCUGUUGAAUUAGGGUUGCAUGGUAUAAGAGUUAAUUGUAUUUCACCUUUUGCUAUAUUGUCAAAUACUAAACUUAAUAAUGAAAUUGGAGCAAUAUAUGAAGGAAUGAUGGGUGCAAUAGGGAAUUUAAAAGGGGUUAAUCAUAACAAAGAAGAUGUAGCAAAUGCUGCUGUUUUUCUUGCUAGUGAUGAAGCAAAAUACUUAAGUGGACAUAAUCUUGUAAUUGAUGGAGGAUUUAGUGUUGUUAAUCCUAGUUUUCUCAAGAUUAUGGAGCAAUAUCAAUAAGUGUUAUUUAAAAAAAUAUGAUGAAUAAGAAUGUUGUCGAGGGAUUUUCGGAAACAAUCUCUCUAUCUUUACGAAGUAGUGAUAAAGUAUGUGUACACUAUACCCUCUCCAAACUAUGUUAUUGUUGUUGUUGUGUUUUAAGAAGAAUAAGAAAGGUUGAAGAGGUGGUGUAGCUAGAAAUUUUAAUAAGGGAAUUCAGAAAACUCGAAUUAUUAGUGUAUCAUGGUCUAUUUGGACAUGGUUUUACUAUAUACUUGG